UUGUUGACAUUCUUAAUCUUGAAAGAAAAAGGAUUUGAAAGACUAUGGGCCCUUGAAUUAUUAGCAGACGAUCUUUACGUGCCAGCACUUAUUUAUGUUCUGUAAAUGAAUAUAUGAUUCAGAUUUACACCUAGACCGACAGGUUGACUCUAAGACUAAAUCUCUGUUUCGGUUUAAUUUACACCUGAAAGGCGUCCAAAAUGUCAAUGAUAACUGUACAGUUGGGGCAAUGUGGAAACCAAAUAGGUGGUCAACUCUUUUCUACUAUAGCUGAUGACAUCACUUCCACUAAACACAUGGUAACAGCCAAUAAGAAUAGAGAAUAUGGAGAAGAGGUCGUUAGACGAUAUUUCAACACCCCUGAAAAAUCUGAGUUUGUGGAAGCUCGAGCUGUCAUGGUGGACAUGGAAUCGAAAGUUAUUGCUCAGACUUGUCAAGAAGCCAAGAAAAGUGGCAUAUGGAAAUACCCUGAUAAGCAACAAUAUUGUCAGAAGAGGGGCUCGGGAAAUAAUUGGGCACAUGGAUACUGUGUUCACGGGCCUAAUGUGAAGGAUAAGGUCAUGGAGAUGGUUCAAAGAGAGGCUGAAAAAUGUGACCGACUCUCUGGAUUUCUGUCGUUGUUGAGUUUAGCAGGUGGUACAGGGUCCGGUGUUGGAACGUUUAUUAACGAGGCCCUGCGUGACGAAUUUCCUCAUUCAUUCAUCAUGAAUCAAGUCGUUUGGCCAUACAAUACAGGGGAGGUAAUCGUACAGAACUAUAAUGCUGUAUUAACGUUGUCUCACCUUUACCAAACAGCAGACGCAGUCGUUGUCAUGGAGAAUGAUCAUCUGCAUAAAAUCUGUUCCCAGCUACUAGACAUUAAGAAAAUCAGUUUUAAGGAUAUCAAUAAAGUUGUGUGCCAUAAAUUAGCCUCUGUGUUACUGCCAGCUUGUGAUUCUCAGGAAAUUAUUCAUUCAGGAAUGUUGCUGCACCAUCUUGUUCCUCACCCAGAAUAUAAAUUAUUAUCUAUUCGAAACAUUCCACAGAUGUCAGCCCACGUCAUGGAGUUCAGCACGUUCCAGUGGUAUGGUCUAAUCAAACAUUUACGCCAAAUGUUCCUGGCAGACGCUGCCAUGGAAGAAGGUAUUGAUUGGCAGGUGAAAACAGGAAAUGACACGCCUAGGGGAAGCGUACGUCACAAUCGAUCCUUAGCGAAUAUGUUAAUCGUGCGAGGCAAAGAUGUCGAAAGUGCUGAUCAUUCGUUGUUUUUGGAGGACAAGUUAUAUUCUUCGUGGACACAUCCUGAUUUAGCGUUCACUAAACUAUCGCAAUCCAGGGCAUUUAAUCAAUACGAAAAAUGUGCAGCUCUUAUCAGCAACAAUCGUUCACCAACACUUCCGUUAAAUUAUAUCGUUGAUAAGGCGUGGAAUAUGUUUUCAUCGCGAGCGUACGUACAUCAAUAUACCAAACAUGGUUUAACGGAUGAAGAUUUCAUGGACUCCUUUGUUACUCUGGAACAAGUUUUACACAACUAUAAAAAAUUGUGAUUCAUGUCCUGCUUUUAGCUGUUCAUUUUGUCUGAAACUGUUAUCAUUAACCACUUUUUGAAGCCAUGAGUUAAUGUGUAAGAUGUUCUGUGAUGUUUCCACAGAUUGAAUUGGUCAGUUUAAAAGAUGCAUAGUAAUAUUACAACCUAUUAUCAACUCGUUAAUUAGGCCAAACCAGUGGCGUUGCCAGGAUUUCAUUGAAGGGGGGCCAUCCGAGCACUUCUGCUCCUCUUUUGGAUUAUUGAGGGUACUAGUGACAUUGGGGUGUCGGGAUGACGCCUCUCGUUAUUUUUAUUUCAUCUAGGAAGGCAGGGAAUUAUUGGCUACCAACUUCCAUAGUUUCCACAUUGUGGAGCAGAUGGGAUUAAAUGAAUGGUAUGUGUUGCUUGCUUGCCUAUUCUUUCAGAACACCUAAUGCCACUUGAUUGAAUUUGUCAGACCAUGAUUCCUUCAGAGAGACCACAGAGUUUAUUUGGAACUUUAUAAAAGAAAUGGGAAAUAACUCUGUUGAUGUAAGUCAAAUCAAGACCACAAUGAAUUAGUUUCCGUAAAUCUGUAAACAAAUUUGUAUUUCAUCU